ACGCUGUAUUGUCUAUCACAAUUAUCAAUAUAACCGUAAAGUGGUGUGCCUACCGUAAAUCGUUCGUUCAAUGGCAGCUAACAUACUGUACCAGAAAAGUACUAGUUCGGUUUAAAAAGUUAAUGGACGAGGAUCGACGUGUGUGUUGGUUGUCCGAGGGAUAAGCUCUAGGGUUCACAAAAAGAUGCACGCUUGAUGUGUGUAAUUGGAUGUUUACAGUAUUUAUAAAUUGUGUACAAAAGGCAAUAACAUUUCGAAGCUCAGUGCAAACAUUUGCGAAGAAACUUUAAUAUGCACAUGGGAAUUGUUGCUCUUCAACAUUGAGCUGUUUAUCAAAGGCAAAAAAAUCUGAGCUCAGUGGUGUAUUUAUGAAUUUGUUUACAAACAUAACUUGUUGUUAGUAAAUACUGUGGUGGUCACACAUUCUAAAGGAAGCUUCAUCACAAUACAAGGCCAAAGAACAAAUUUGGUUAUGGAGUGACGCCAGAUAUUCAUUUUGACAUUGUGAAAGGAUAAUGUGCAUUCUUUACAUGAAUUAUAAUUAAGGUACAUGUUCUUAUGAUAGCAAUGUCAAGGAAAUAAGUUAGAAAUUAAUGAAACUUUUCGUGCUGACUUUCUGACGAAGACUGCAAAUUCUGUGAUUGUGUACAUGACAUUUUUUUCUUGUGAACAUAUUUAGGCUGAUUGUAUGAUAGCAUUUUUAAGCAACAAUUUAAGACAAUGUUGAAGUCUGUCACAUACGAGGUGUUGUUCCGAGUUCGCAUAAAGACAGAGCCGGGGGAGGUGGUGUGUAUCACAGGCGACUGCUCGGAACUCGGGAACUGGAACCUGUAUAAGGGGCCACGGUUACGCAGAGAGACGCAAUGCAAGGCAGCCCCUGAAAGUGUUGCUCAAGGAGCCUGCAAGAAUGGCCAGAAUGGAGAUGUCUGGGCCAAAAAGAUAACUUUUCAUGGCAGCAUCAACACACAUUACCGCUACUAUGUGGCACGAGUCUACCAUGAUGAUGACGAAGACAGUGUACUUGUAAUGCGUUGGGAGACAAAUAUCAAGCCUCGAAAAUUCUCAAUCACAGAGGCGAUGUCAAUUUGUGAACCACCUUUAGAAGAUAUUGCAGUGUUUGGAGAAUACGAUGGUCAUUGUCACAUUACAAAUGGUUGGCUGACUGACCAAGCCCAAAUCAACAUUCACCUGCAUGGCUCCCCAAUCAAGAUAUGGAAUGCAAAGCUUCGUGACCAGCAACUCAGUAUCAAGUGUACGCCACUGGACCACAAAUACAGGGAUGAGCACAUGAAUGAUGAGGGGGAGACACUUCCAGAGGCUGCACAGGCUAUUGUCUCUGUUGUGAAACUAGAGCAUGGUCAGUCGAAGGCACGUUGUCAGGGAGAGUAUGGUAUCAUGUACACACAAGGUAGUAAUAUCAGCUUCAAGAUACAGACGCUUGAGCCAGAAAAUACAGGCUUGCAGCUGGACUUCUAUAUGCACCAAACAGAGCCCAGCCCAUCAAACCGUGGCACCAGUCCCAUCCCAGCAAGCACAAGCCCCGUCUCUAAUGAUCCUAGCUCCAUCAUCCUCACCCAGGAGGGUGCCAUCCCCACAGUGAAGCAUAUUGGAUACAGUUUUAUCCUGCCAUUGGAGGUUCACAGCAGCACAGAUAGACGGACGGUGCCCAUUACGAGCCUCAAACACCACCCACUUGGUCAGAUAACAUUUGACUACCUGCUGAUCAAGCCAUUGAUAGGAGCGCAAUUUUCACUGGAAGUGACCUACCAGAAUUAUUGGAAGGCCCGCGAACCACUGGAUAUUGGACAUCGUGGGAUGGGCAUGUCAUAUAGCAACAAGUGUAAAAUGUUAGCAGCGACCAGGGAGAAUACAAUUAAAUCCUUGCAAGAUGCAGCAAACCAUGGUGCAGACUUUGUGGAGCUGGAUGUCCACUUGACCAAGGACAAACAGGCCAUCGUCUACCACGACUUCAAGGUUCAAAUAGCUUACAGAAAGAAGCGUCAGGGUGAGUUGGAGAUACUGCAGGUUCCUGUCAAGGACCUAAAACUUUCAGAGCUUCAGCACAUGAAAUUUGUCCAUAGAGAGGAGGAGCUACAUGAUGAAGACACUGAUCCUGAGGAUCUUCAGCCAUUUCCAACUGUAGCACGCUGUCUUCAAGCUGUGGACUUACACACGGGAUUCAACAUUGAGAUUAAGUACCCACAGUGGCUUGAGAAUCACAAUGCUCAUGAGCAGGAAAACUACUAUGAUCUGAACGAAUUUAUAGAUGUGAUUUUACGGGUCAUAUUUGAGAACCAUGGUGGACGUCGUAUAGUUUUCACCAGUUUCGACUGCAAUUCAUGCAUCAUGUUGCGACUGAAGCAGAACCGUUUCCCCGUUCUGUUCCUUACACAGGGGGAUACAGAUCAGUAUGACUUGUACCGUGACAAACGCACACACUCCGUCAUCAUGGCCACCGAGUUUGCCAUUGCCAAUGAUCUCCUGGGGGUAAAUGUGAUGUCACAGCUGCUGUUGAAGGAUGAAUCUCUGAUUGACUAUGUCAAGUCUAGUGGGCUACUGCUGUGGUGCUGGGGGGAGGACAACAACAACGCCUUCACCAUCAACAAACUUCGGCAGCUCAAACUAGACGCCAUCAUUUAUGAUAGAAUUGAUCACUUUAAAACAUCUGGAAAGGAGAGCAUAUUCAAAAUGGAGAAGAAAGAAAAAAAUGGUUUUCUUGAAAAGUUGAGCUCCGAAGAAAAUACUCCAGUAACUGUCACUAUGGCAGCAGCAGAUAUAGAGUAGAGGCCUAUUUACAUUCCCCUAUUCUUUUGUAUAGAGUGAACUUGACAUUCAUAUUGUAUAACCCACAAGAGGUUAUGAUGGCAUUGUUUUUUUGCAAUAUUACACUCUGAUAAGAUAAGCGCGACAUCGUUUAACCUGAAUAGAAUACAAUGUUACAAUAAUUAGCUAUUCUUACUAGGUAUAUACAAACUAAUUGAUAGCCUUCCUCUAUCAAUGAAAACUCUCAUGCGGAAGAUUUUACUAAAUUGUAAUCAUUGUAAGUAAUUAUUUAAAAUGUUGAUAUAAGGAUGGAUUGCAUUUUAAGCUGAACUUUUCGAAGAAUAAGGAGGGUUUUACUUCUUUUGUUGGCGGUGGUGUCUGGUUCAGGUCUUAGAACAAGUUGGCAUUUUCACUAAUAUCUCCAAUACUGUUUAUUGAUACAAUUGUUCCGGACCAUCACACAAUAAGGUUCCAUAACUCCAUAUUAUCCUUAAUACAAAUAAUGGCCCUUGAUCAACAGAAAAUUUGGUUAAUGUUUAAGGGAAAGUUUGAAAUUUCAGUAAUAACUCCUGUACCCUUCAUUCAAUUCACUUCACACAAUUGUUGGCGGCAAUCAAACAAUUAGCUUACAUAACUCCAUGUCAUCCUAAAACAAAUUAUAGCCUUUGAUCGGUUUGAAAGUUUGGUUAAAGUUUGAGGGUGAUAUUCACUUAUAAUAAUUUAUUCAAUGGAUCACACACUUCUUCAAGACCAUCACACAACUAGGUAACAUAUCUCCAUAUUAUACUAAACACAAAUUAUGGGUCUUGAUCGAGGAAGUUUGGUUAAAGUUUUAGGGCAUGUAGGGAUUUUAACUAAUAAUUCCAACACCUUUCAUUCAAUGGACUUCAUACUUCAGUCUAUUGAUGAUGGCCAUCAUGCAAUUGGGUUACAUAACACCAUGUUAUCCUAAAUACAAAUUAUGGCACUUGAUCAAAUUUAGAGUUUGGUUUAAGUUUUAUGGAAACUUUUGCUUAGUUUUAGCUAUAAACAAAAACAAAACAUUUGUUCAGUGGACUUAAUACUUCAUACAGUGAUUGUUUUUCAUGCCCAUCACACACUUUUACAUCACUUCAUAUUAACCAAAAUACAAAUUAUGGGCCUUGAUUAAUUUUUUUAAUUUUGUUUUCUUGAUUGUCUUUUUUAAGACAUAGCGACGUAUAGUGUAGCACACUGUUCUACGACAGCUCUUGUUUGUUUUUUUCUCAUUUAUUUUCUACAUCGAUUGUUGACAUAAAUGGCAAACGAAAAUGAUAUUUUGUAAACAUUUCAAUGCUUAAUACAUUUUACAAAAAAUAACAAACACAUACACACACAUACAAACACACCACACACACGCAUGCACGCAAGCACACUCACACUCAUACAUACACACCCACGCCCACACAAAAGAAACUCAUGCACGCCCAUUUACACACCUUCAGAGUGAUGUCUCUUUUUUCAUGAAGAUUAUUUUUGUAUUUUUAUAAAAAGUUCUUUUUGGUUAAUAUUGUUGUGGCUACUCAUGUCGUUUUUUAGAUUAAUCAUAUAUAAGAUAUCAAGAACUCUCCAUUUUUGUUUGUGGGUCUCAUAUUUGUCAUGAUUAAAUGCUAUUUGUUCUUCUAUUUUGAUUCUUAGCUUCAGGUACAUCAAGUAUGAAUCAAACGACAAUAUUCUACUGUUACAUUUUGCUGAGUGUAUGUUAAAUUUCAUUAAUAUAAUUGGGACGUUACAAACAUUUGUGUGUGGGUUUGUACCUACUAUUCCCAAUAGAGCCUCGAGUAUACCUAUGUUUAUAUGUAUUGUCGUUGAUGCAAUAAAUUUACACAGUUUGUUCCAUAAAUCUUGUACUUUACUACAUUCCCAAUAUAAAUGUUCAAUUGACUCUACAUUCGAGUAACAGAAUGUGCAUAGACUGCAACUUAUAGAGUAGUUUGUUGGUUGGUAUUAUUCUCAUAAGAAAUUUAUAAUGAAAACUCCGCAAGGUUGUAUCUAUUGUUGAUUUGUAUAUAUUACUGUAUAUUUUGUUCCAAUCUAAUUGUUCAUUUUCGAUUUCCAUGUCUUCUGCCCAUUUCAUUUCCGAGGUUGGACGGAUAGAUGUUUUGGUCGGUAUUGAGUAAAGAAGUUUGUUUGUUUGUACUGAUUUUUUAACCUUUUUUUUUUAGUGUUAUGUUUUCUGUAAGGGUUAUGCCGUCUUUGAUUAAUUGCAUUUUUAUAUGUUGAGGCACUGAACGAAUAAGAGUUUGAUAUUUUAUGAAAUCAUUACCAUUUAUAUCAUUAAGGUACCUUAUUUGAUUGAAGUCAUAAAAUGUGUUUGUUCUAUAGUCAAAUAUAUGUUCAAAAUAUUUAAUGCCCUUUUCAAACCAUUCUUAAUAGAAUAUCGUUAAGUUUCUGCUACAAAUAUCUUUAUUGUUCCAUAGAACUUGUUUUGCAUGUAAAUUAGUAUUUAUAUCAUACAUUUUUUUAAUAUUACUCCAUGCUUUAAGGACGUCGUGUAGAAAUGAACAAUUCUUAGAAAUUCUCUUUAUUAGAGUUUCAUCUAUUUCACAAUCAAAUAUUAAUUCAUUUCCAUAAGGCAUCAGCUUCUUAUGAAAGAAUAUUUUCCAUUGACUUUUGUUCAUCUCGUCUAGAUAUCUUUUCACCCAAACAGCUUUUAAUGAUUCAAGUAAAUUUUCAAUAUUUGUUAAUUUUUGUCCACCAUUUUCUAGUUUUUGGUAUAAUAUUUCUCUUUUGAUCUUGUCUGCUUUUCCGUUCCAAAGGAAAUUGAAUAUGACUUGUUUUAUACUAUCAACAAUGUUUUUACUUGGAUUUGUUAAGACUGUAAAUGGAUAUAUAAGUUUUGGUAAUGCAUAUGUUUUCACCGCAGUAAUUUUACCCAUGAGAGGAAGUUUUCUGUGUUCCCAUUGUUUUAGUGUUUUAUGGAAUUCUUCGAUUUUUUUAUGAAUAUUCUCGUCUAUUGUUUUUUGUCUACUAUUAUAAAAGGUUAUACCUAAGGCUGUGGAACAUUUUGAUGUCCAAAUAAAAAGUUUAUUUUUGCACAAUUUCAAUGUUGUGUUUUUUUAAUAUACCCACUCUCAUAAUUAUUGAUUUGUUCGUGUUGAGGUUUAGACCAGAACAUAUUGAAAAUGAGUCUAUUGUGUUAAUUAAUGAUUCAAGCGAUUUUUUUGAACCGUCAUUAAAGUAGGUUGCGUCAUCAGCAAACAGUGAUUGUUUGAUUUCUGUGUUUCCAACCUUUAUCCCUUUAAUAUCUGAAUUUUGAUUUAUAUGGCCUGAUAGUACCGGUAUUUGUAGGCAAAUGAUAAAUAAUAUCGAAGACAGGGGACAACCCUGUCGUCUUCCCUUUUCGAUGGCAAAUGCAUCGGAUUUGUCCAUUGUUUAUGAUUAAACUUUGUAUAUUAGUAUAGAAUAAUUUAGUCCAUUGCAAGAUAUCUGAGCCAAAGUUAAAAGUUUUUAAACUAUCUACUAUGAAUGAAUGAUCAAUGCUAUCGAAUGCUUUUUGAAAGUCGGCAAAGAAUAAAAGUCCUGGCAGGUUAUUAUCCUCUAGAUAUUGCAUUACUUCUAUAAUCAAUCGAACGUUUUCUCCAAUGAACCUACCUUUGAUAAAUCCUGUUUGUUUGAAAUCAAUUAUUUGUGGUAGUACCUUUUUUAUUCGGUUUCCGAUUGCUUUCGUCCCUAUUUUAUAAUCGAUGUUAAGUAAGCUUAUAGGUCUCCAGUUUGAGAGGUUUUCUAAAUCUUUAUCAGGUUUUGGUAUUAAAGUGAUUAUGCCUUGUCUUUGUAGCGGUGUUAAAAGUCCAGUUUGGAAAGAAUAGUUUAGUGCAUUUAUUAAAACGGUUUUGAUGUCAUUCCAAAAAGUUUUAUAAAAUUCUGUCGUUAGGCCAUCUGAACCGGGACUUUUGUUAUUAUUCAUGUCUCCAAGUGCAUUUUCACAUUCAUAUAUAGACAGAGAACCUAAACAAGCAUCCCUUUCGUUUUUGGAGAGUUUUUUUAAUGAGUUCAGAAAUGUUUUUCUUACCUCUUUGUUUAAAUGUAUAUCUUUACUAUAAAGCUUUUUAUAAAAUUUAACUUCUUCUCUAAGUGUGUUUUUUGUCCCCCUGACAGCUCUUGUUACAUAUGUCUAUGCUGUAUGAUCUAAAGAGGGCACACAUGCAAAUAUUCCAAUAAGCCCUAACACUCUUAAUGGAAUAUGCUUGUGUGCCCUUGAUCCUGCAUUCAAACAGCAUGAACAGAGGAAGAAAUGUGAUCAAUCAUUAUAUAACUUAAACCUGUUUGCAAGUUGAUUGUUUUGUUCAGAUAGGCGAGAUGAAAAUAUUCAUGGAACUUACCCUAGUCAGCCCUAUUUUCUCUGGCCAAAAUAAAAUGUUAUAGGUUGUUAUAUAGCAACAACAGUUUGUUUAUAUAAAGCUGUCAUACAGCAGCAUCUAGCACAGCUUUUGUGUGUUGUAUUUAUUUAAAGCUGUUAUACAGCAGCAUCUAGCACUCAGGUUUUUGGAUGUUCCGUUUAUUUAAAGCUGUUAUACAGAAGCAUCUAGCCCUGGUUUUGUGUGUUCCGUUUAUUUAAAGCUGUUAUACAGCAGCAUCUAGCCCUGGUUUUGUGUGUUCCAUUUAUUUAAAAUUGUUAUACAGCAGCAUCUAGCCCUGGUUUUGUGUGUUCCAUUUAUUUAAAAUUGUUAUACAGCAGCAUCUAGCCCUGGUUUUGUGUGUUCCAUUUAUUUAAAAUUGUUAUACAGCAGCAUCUAGCCCUGGUUUUGUGUGUUCCAUUUAUUUAAAAUUGUUAUACAGCAGCAUCUAGCCCUGGUUUUGUGUGUUCCGUUUAUUUAAAGCUGUUAUACAGCAGCAUCUAGCCCUGGUUUUGUGUGCUCCAUUUAUUUAAAAUUGUUAUACAGCAGCAUCUAGCCCUGGUUUUGUGUGUUCCGUUUAUUUAAAGCUGUUAUACAGCAGCAUCUAGCCCUGGUUUUGUGUGCUCCAUUUAUUUAAAAUUGUUAUACAGCAGCAUCUAGCCCUGGUUUUGUGUGUUCAGAUUAUUUAAAGCUGUUAUACAGCAGCAUCUAGCCCUGGUUUUGUGUGUUCCGUUUAUUUAAAGCUGUUAUACAGCAGCAUCUAGCCCUGGUUUUGUGUGUUCCAUUUAUUUAAAAUUGUUAUACAGCAGCAUCUAGCCCUGGUUUUGUGUGUUCCAUUUAUUUAAAGCUGUUAUACAGCAGCAUCUAGCCCUGGUUUUGUGUGUUCCGUUUAUUUAAAGCUGUUAUACAGCAGCAUCUAGCCCUGGUUUUGUGUGUUCAGAUUAUUUAAAGCUGUUAUACAGCAGCAUCUAGCACUCGGGUAACUGCUAUUGUUAUCCCCCGCCUAUGAAAUAGGGAGGGGGAUAUUGAAAUGGCGUUGUACUUCCGUCCGUCCGUCCGUCCGUCCUUCCUUCCGUCCGUCCGUCACCUGCGUUUUCUCAGUAACUAGCCGGUAUAAUUUCAUGAAACUUAAAAUAAAUAUGAACCACUAUACUGGAAUGAUGCCUGUCCAAAAAAAAUGUCCUUGGAGUUAUUCCCCUUGAUUUUUUGAAAAAUGCACAUUCACAGCCAUUUCUCAGUCACUAGCUGGCAGAAUUUCAUGAAACUUAUAAUAAAUAUGAAUUACUAUACUGGGAUGAUGCCUGUUCAUUUAUUUUUUAUGGAUUGGUCAAUUGUACUUGGAGUUAUUGCCCUUGAUUUUUUGAAAAACUCUCAUUUACAGCCAUUUCUCAGUAACUAGUUAGUAGAAAUUCUUGAAACUUGAAAUAAAUAUGAACCAACAUACUGCGAUGAUGCCUGUUUAUUUAUAUUUUUGAUUGUGUAAUUUCUAUAUGAGUAAUUUGCCCUUGAUUUAUUAAAAGAUCCAUGUUUGCAGCCUUUUCUAUGCAACUAGCUGGUAGAAUCUCAUGACACUUGGAAUAAAUAAGAACCAAUUUGGUCGAUAUUUUAUAAUUUGGCUCAGAAAGGGAUAAACCAAUGUGCUUAUCUUAUUCUUUCUGAGAAUUAUUUCUAACCUUCAAGCACAAACAAGCCAUCAAGCACAAACAAGCCAUCGUUGGCGAGGGAUAUCUUUUCACUGAAAAUGCUUGUUUACAUAUGGAAUAGAUAAGUUGCUUCAAUAAUUAUUUGCAGUCUACUUAAAAGUAUAGACUACAACUUGAGUGUGUUCAGCGUUUUUGGUAUAUGAUAUUGAAACACUUUGUAUUUAUACAUUUCAUAUCAAGAUGUCUGUUUUGAAAAAAAGUUUAUCUAUUGGCAUAGGGCUUUAGAUACAUUACAAGAGAGCCCCUUGUACUUUACUGUGAUUAAAAUUUGGUUGCCACCCAGAGAGCAAUAUUUCAACUUAAAUUGUUUUUACAGAAAAUUUGCAUUUAAAAUGAAGGUGGACAUUCUUAACCUUUCCCACGUUUUUUUAUUGCUUAAUUUAUCCAAUGUUUAACCAAAAGUGCCUUUUAUUGCUUAGAUAAAGAGGGCUCUUAAUUGGAACUUUUGAAUUACUCUCAGCCUGUAUGUAGCAAAUACCUUAACUGCACAUAUUUUGUAUUAUAUGCUUGGCUAGGUAAAAACAAAGGCAUUUACGAGGGUCAUUUGUUUCACAUAUACGGUAAGCUUUCCAGUCUUCUUGACAUUUGAGCAGAAAAGAUCUUUUGAUAUUUUCAGGAUUUUGUUAGAAAAUAUCAGGAUUUUUUAAAACUGAGUAGUUUUGUGUCCUCGGUCAAAGCAAUGAUUUAACUAUUUUCAUAAACAAAAAAUCUUGCUUUGCAAUAAGAGAUCAUAAGAAGCUUCAGUUUUGCACAAUAAUUAAUUUUCAAAUACAGUUAUUUAUCAUGAAUUUAACUUCUUUUAUCAUUUAAUCACACAUUGUUCAUAUUCCAAGUAUAGCAAGGUAUAACCAAUGUAACAUAGAAAAAUAAUUAUAUAGGUAGACUUGAAUGAUAUCUUAAUAGUCACUAUUGUCAUAGUUUCAUAGUUGUUUGAGGUAUCCUUAUAAACAUGAUUUAUCCAUUUAUAUCUUAAGCUUUGAUAUAAUUAAACUUUUGGUCAUCAAAAUUAAUCGUUAGUUAUUAUAGUAAGAUAUUUGAUCUAGUAACCUUUUCUGCUUUAUGCAUUAUAAGCAAAAUUAGGUUACAGUACAAGCACAGAAUUAUAAACAGUCAAAUAUCUUAAAUUAUAAAAUCUUUAAAAUUAGACAACAAAGCAAUAUGGUUGUCAUGUUAUGUUACCAUAAAAAUCCAACUUCCGCUAGUAGGUGAUAAGUGAUGGGGUACAUUUCUUGCCAUAGGGUAUUCCUUCAAAACUACACUGAGAUGACACAGCUGGAGGGGCCAUAAAACCCGUAGCCAGCAUUCCAAUAUACACAAGAUUUUUUCCUUUCCGAGGCAUCAUUUUAAAAAAUAAAUUAGUUAUUGAAUUAGUGCAUAUUAUGGAAGAAAGUUUAUAAAAAUUCUGCAUCCUGAGCCGCUGUAAGCUAAGCGAUUGGUUGUUUUUAAAUAACUUUAACAGCUGAAUAAAUUUUAGCUUCUUAUUUGUAUGUUACCUUGGGUGGCAAAACAUGGCAAAAACAGCAAAAGUUUUCUUACAUAUAUGUAGGAACCAAAAAGAUCUGUUGACUUAUUUGUGGGGACAAUUUAACUAUUUUUGCUUUAUAUCACGGAUUAAGAGAUUGGGAGACACUGGAUUUUCCAAAAGUUGGAAAUGUUAAUAUUUGUUAGUUUAAGAAUAUGUUAAAAAAACAACUAAGAUUAAAAAAUAAGGAGAAGUUAAAGAUUUUAUCAAAAUGUAAAGAUACAGCUUAUCGCAGCAAAUAAUGCAUACUGUUACAUGUUUUUGAUUUUUUUUUUGAAAUUUUGUAUUGACUUGUUUUUUCUUCAUUUUAACAAUGGAAUGUCGUUUUCCAGUCAUGUGUCAUUUAUUUCUAGAUCAGGUUAUUGUUGUUGUUUUUUGUUAUUAUAUUUUUCUUUUAAAUAAUUUAUCCUUCUAAACUAAUGGGAAUGAUAAAUAGGAAAUAUAAUGACAGGACGCUUUUCAGACUGUAUCACCUCAAGUUUGGUGUGUAAUCGAGUAUCCGUGGAGACAGCAUUGUGGUUGAGAUGGAUGCAUGUUUAUACUCUGAACAAGACCUAAUACAGGUCCUCAGAAAAGCAUCCUAUCCUAUUAUACCUUUAAUUAUAUGUCUCCUUUGAUUAUUUCCAUGUUUAAAUGCACCACAUUCAGCUUAAAUCAACGAAGCUGCGCUUUUUCUGUAUAAAAUGUUGAUGUAUUAUAUAUGUAGGCUAUAAAUUGACAAUAUGAUUAUUUUAUAAUAUAUGUUAUUCAUUCUUAUCUCAAAUGUUAAUAUUAGAGCAAUAAAUAAAUAUAAGUAAAUACUUAUUUAAA